AUGUCUGGUGCUUCCGCCGCUCCGGCACCUCCCCUACCCACACCCCCCGUCACAGUCCCCGUCGAGUCGUCGACAUGGGACCGCAUCACCAACUGGGCCUCGGAAAACAAGACAUUGGUCUACACCAUUGCCGGAGUUACUCUAGUGGCCACUGGCGCCGGUGUUGUCUACUACCUGAACAGUGAUGUUAAGCCAAAGCCCUCGCAACCAAAGAUCAGCAAGAAGGAGAAGCGGAAAAGAAAAGAGGCUGAGCGCCAGGCCGAGGCCAACAAGGCUGCCGCCGAGGCCCAACCCGAGAAGCCCAAGGCCGCCUCGGUCGAGAGCGCCGACGAGCUGCCCCAGAUCACCGAGGAGUUGGUCGCCACCCUGACCGACGAGCAGCGCAAAGACUACGCCCUGCAGCUGAAGAACGCCGGAAACAAGGCUUACGGCAGCAAGGACUACAACAAGGCCAUUGACCUCUACUCGCAAGCCAUUCUCUGCAAGCCCGACCCCAUCUUCUACUCCAACCGCGCCGCCUGCUACAAUGCCCUCAGCGUCUGGGACAAGGUCGUCGAGGACACCACGGCCGCUGUUAACCUGGACCCCACCUAUGUCAAGGCCCUGAACCGGCGUGCCAAUGCCUACGAGCACCUCGAGCAGUACAGCGAGGCCCUGUUGGACUUCACUGCCAGCUGCAUCAUCGACGAGUUCAAGAACCAGACCAGCGCUGACUCCGUCGAGCGCCUGCUGAAGAAGGUUGCCGAGCAGAAGGCCGACAACAUCAUCAAGUCCAAGAACCCCGACAAGCUCCCCAGCCCGACCUUUGUCGCCAACUACAUCCAGAGCUUCCGCGUCAAGGACCGGCCCGCCGGCCUGGAGGACUCGGUCGAGCUGUCUUCCGAGACUGGCAAGGGACAGCUGCAGCUCGGUCUCCGGGCGAUGGACAGGAAGACCCACGAGGGCUACGAAGAGGCCGCUGGCGCCUUCGAGAAGGCCAUUGAGCUGGGCGGUCUUGACGAAUACGAAGCCCUCGCCUACAACCUGCGAGGCACUUUCCGAUGCCUCAAGGGCCAGCAGGAGGAGGCAUUGAAGGACAUGGACAAGUCUCUCGAGCUGGAUCCGGCCAUGACCCAGAGCUUUGUCAAGCGCGCAAGCAUGCACCUUGAGAGAGGCGCACGGGAAGAAGCUGCUCAGGACCUGGAGAAGGCCAUCCAGCAGAACGACCAGGACCCUGACAUCUACUACCACCGUGCCCAACUGCACUUCAUCCACGGCGAGUUCCAGGAGGCCGCCAAGGACUACCAGAAGUCGAUCGACCUGGACACCACCUUCAUCUUCUCCCACAUCCAGCUGGGUGUCACACAGUACAAGAUGGGAUCCAUAGCCUCCUCGAUGGCCACCUUCAGGAGGUGCGUCAAGAACUUUGACAAGGUUCCCGAUGUAUACAACUACUACGGUGAGCUCCUUCUGGACCAAGGCAAGUUCGACGAGGCCAUUGCCAAGUUCGACACCGCCAUGGAGAUGGAGAAGCAGACGAAGCCGAUGGCCAUGAACGUCCUCCCGCUCAUCAACAAGGCGCUUGCCCUCUUCCAGCAGAAGCAGGAGUUCACCGAGGCCGAGAAGCUCUGUGAAAAGGCCCUCAUCCUCGACCCCGAGUGUGAUAUUGCCGUUGCCACCAUGGCGCAGCUCUUGCUGCAGCAGGGCAAGGUUGUUGAGGCCCUCAAGUACUUUGAGCGUGCUGCCGAGCUCGCCCGCACUCCAGGCGAGAUCGUCAAUGCCCUGUCCUACGCAGAGGCCACGCGGACUCAGCUCGAGGUUCAGACCAAGUACCCGCAGCUUGCCGCUAAGCUCCAAGGCAUGAGCGGUGCCGGAGCUGGUGCUUUCGCCGGAGCUCGCUAG